UGCCCUCCACGCAGGAGACGAGGGAUUUCACAACCCAGCCCAGACAGGAUUAAAGAGAAAUACACAAGUAAACAAACAGCGGCCUUGUGAAGCGGCUGUGCUGCAGGAGCCCCUCUGCUGCCCAGGUUCAAACUGCCCCUGUCAGAGGAAAGGAGUUGCUUCCUGUUAUUUCCAUUGAAAUCCUUGUCCCGGUCGCUAGCCCGCAGGCUCCGGCAGGAUGGCACCGUGUGCGCAGAUGGGCUCUGGCCACCUCUCCCGAGGGCUCCUGCUGCUCUGUGCACUGCUGGGCCAUCAGUUUUGCCAUGUGGGUGCCACGGCUGAGGGCUUCAGGCAGGAGGCAAGAACAAGCCCACCGGUGUCUGCAUACAACCAUACAGGGAAGCUGGUGGAGGAGAUAUACACCAACUUGACGCACUACUGCUGGGAGUCCUUCGUGAAGGUGAUGCAGAACGUGACUGGCGCACAGCUGUGCGAGUGGAAGGUCAUCAGCAGGCCCUACAGCUCGCUGCAGAAGUGCCUGGAGGACCACGCCGACUUGCUGAAUUACAGUUACCCCAACGCCUUGGCUGAGAGCUACAUUUUCCAGAGCCACCACCACUACUUCCAGAACUGCUCGGCCGGCAGCCAGGCCUACUUCGACCCCCCCGAGGACGUACUGCUGGCCAUGAUCAUCGCCCCCAUCUGCCUCAUCCCCUUCCUCGUCACCCUGGUCAUCUGGCGCAGCAAGGACGGCAAGGCACAGCCUUAGGUGCUGCUGUGCGGGCACAGCCCCGGUGCGGGGUUACACUGCUCGCACUGCCGGGGCUGCGCCGGGCGGGGGGACCCCCCGAGGGUUCACCUUCCCCGGGCAUCGGGCAGUAAAGGUUUACGCUCCCCA